AUGAGCAAGGAAAUUUCUGCACUAGUCCCAAGCAGCAUGAAAAUCAAGGUGGCUGCACCACCAAAAAUGAAACAUGGUGUUUUGGAAAAAUGUUCUGAUAAAAUGUUUCGGACAUCUCCUGAAUUGCUGGGCAGGAUUUUAAUGGCAGAUGCAGAGAAGAUGGAGGGUUUUAGUCUUUCAGAUUACGAGGGACAUUGA